GUUGUCUUCAAGUUGCUGCUCUGAAAGUUUAAGCCAUGAAUCGUCAUAAUCGUGGCUUUUCUUCUUCUUCUUCCUCUUCUUCUUCUGCCGAUACUUCUCGGGUUUCGAAAACUUAUCGGAGUCAUCAGAACUCUGGUAUCACGAGGACCGGAUCCGGCGGUGAUUCCUUUCGGAGAAGAUCCGAUGUACCACGGAAACGAUACAAUGAUACAGACGAAGCAGCCAAUAAGGACGGAGAUCCUGCUGACGUUUCUUUCAUCGUUGGAACUUGCUCUUCUAUGUGUCCAGAGCGGGAAAGAGUCACAAGAGAACGCCUGCGUGAUCUCGCAGUUUUGGAGAGGCUUAAUGGCAACCCCACAAAAUCAUCCACAGAUCUAGCUGUCAAAAAGUUUUGCAGAACCCUAUCAGCGGCGGAUGUUCAGGCAUCGGAUGUAAGAUCGCUCCCGGUUUUAGAAGAAACUCUGAGAUACCUUCUAAGUUUGCUGGACUCAAGGGAGCACCCGUUUGAACUGGUUCAUGAUUUUAUUUUCGACAGAACAAGGUCUAUUAGACAAGAUCUUAGCAUCCAGAAUUUAGCCAAUGAGAGAGUGAUCCACCUUUACGAGGAAAUCGUUAAGUUCCACGUCAUAUCUCGCCAGAGGCUUCAGAGUUGUAGUGGUACAAGUAUCAGCUCAAUGCAUCACUUGAACAUGGAGCAGCUAGCAAAAACUCUCACCUCUUUGUAUAAUAUAUAUGAUGCAAAUAGGAAACCAGAUUACAUCUACGAAAAUGAAGCGGAGUUCCGUUCACUCUAUGUGCUGCUUCAUCUUAAUCCUAGUAGUGGAGCGUUGGGGGAACCACUGUCUCUGUGGUUUCGCAAGUUGACAUCUGCUUUAAUAAAAUCCAAGGAAAUAUGUUUUGUACGAAACCUUUUAAGGUCAUAUCGGAUUGGUAAUUACAAGAAUUUCUUGAGAACAACGGCUUCUGAAGCGACAUAUUUGCAGUAUUGCACAAGUGAACCCCAUAUUAGAGAGAUGCGAUCAUUCGCUGUGCAAUGCAUAAACAAUGUUUGCUACAAACUUCAACCCUAUCCUCUCCUACAGCUAUCUCAGAACCUGAUGAUGAAGGAGUUGGAUGCGGAAUCUUUAUGCCAUGAGUGUGGUCUUGAGACAUGUACUGAUUCUGAUGGGUGCACUGUGUUGCCUGCAAAGCAGUCAAACUUUCGUCAUCCAGAAAAAGGUUUCAAAGGUUAUGACUUGCUUGGAAGUUGGAAUUGAACGAAUUAAGAGAGUUCUGCACCGGUGUCUCUUUGUCUUAGAUUAUGUGUUUAUACUUUCAUACUCACUUACUUGUGAUGAGAAGAAAAUUGUAUUUGGAAAAUAUGAUCUUAGCAAUCAAAUUCUAUUUUUAUCAUGUAAUUUUCUCUUAA